AUGAGCCACUCGCAAGUAACCAACCCAAAUCUAUACAGUUUACGUGAUAUACUCCUUCUAUCCCAACUUUUACACAUUAACAAGAUCCAGACCUUGCAAGAUUUAGAAUCAAUCGAUAACGACUUGUUCGAGGGUAUACUUAGUCAGUGGAAAACUCAUAUAUCAACACAACUACAACACAAGACCAUCAAGGUCAAUACGCUUAAUCAAUUGAAGGAAUUGUAUCGCAAAUUGUUGGACAAGUAUAAAGUGGACAAUACUGAGAGUUUGGCAAAUGAGGUCUACUACAUGAGAAUCGAAGAACUAGAGGAUACCAUUGAAAAGAAAAGAGAUGAGUUUACUGCUGUUUUGAAUUCAUAA